AUGUGGUGUCUCAGUAAUUGUUUAACGGUAGGAAAGAGAUGGAAACGACUUACUAACAGAAAGAAAAAUUUGAGACAUACACGUCCCGAUACCGAAUUUGAGACUACUUCAUUAGAACAGUUUUCAUAUUCAACUAUUCCGCUUCAUAUUCAGCACAGUAGCCCUGGGGCAAACAUUGGAGGACCCGACCCAACCGUUAUUAAAGUCACCAAAACCGUUCGACUACUCAGGAUACUCCCAAAAAGAGUGAAUGGGCUACUUACGUGUCGCAUCCGGUCUGUCGACUUGAAUGCCGGCACAACUCCAAAAUACGAUGCCAUUUCAUACACCUGGAGACUUACGACCCAAGAAGAGACAAAUGAGAGAAAAGAUGAAACGAGUAAGAUCAUAGUCUGUAACAACACACGACUCCCAGUGGAAGAAAACCUCUUCAACUGCCUGACACAGCUUGAGAAGAAUGGCCGCCACUAUGACCGGGACCUUUGGGUUGAUGCGAUAUGCAUCAAUCAACGCGACGAUUGCGAGCGCAAUGAACAAGUCAGUAUCAUGGCCGACAUAUAUAGCUUGGCAGAGUGUGUGAUUGUGUGGCUGGGCGCUGCUGAUAAGCUCACGCGAAAAGCUUCCGAAUUGAUAGAGCGUUUGAGUCAACUAAAGGAUGAUGAUAUGUUCACUAUCAGUCCUCAAGCAUUCGACAAUCCACAUAACAAUUCACUACUGGGAUACUCAAACUCUCCGGAACAUUGGAAAGCACUCGCUUUGUUAUUCGGGAGAAGAUGGUUUACACGAGCGUGGGUGGUCCAGGAGCUCAUUUUAGCUCGCGAAACAACUAUCUUAUGCGGUGAUUGUACCUUCGAUUGGGAGAAGAUGGUUCGUGUCUCAGAUUUUCUAUCGAAACGAACAUCGGCGAACACAUUCAAAGAACAUAUCUUCGACGACAUUGAUCGUCAUUUACUUUCGUAUAAAAAUCCUACGAAACUAGAUGCGAUCAAAAGGGAUAUUGAUACCAGAGCCGACAACAUUAUCCUUCACACUCUGGUUAGAUGCCGCACCUAUGAUGCUGAGAAGAAACACGAUAAAGUAUAUUCAUUCCUUGGCCUUGCCAGUUGUCGAAGUCUUGAUCACCCCGAAUUGUAUCCAAAUUACAAUGAAAGUGUCACGAAGCUAUAUACUGAUGUUGCUAAGUAUAUUCUUGAAAUCUCGAAGGACCUACACGUCCUCGCACACGCCGAAGGCGAUGAUUUCAAACAAACUAAAGGACUACCUACAUGGGUACCUGAUUGGAGCGUGAGAGAAGAUCUUGGUCUUAGAAUUACUGGAUACACCAGAUACAAUGCCGCCGGUAUGCUGCCAUGUUUCAAGAAGAUCCAGAAUGGAGAUAAGCUAGUAUUACGCGGGUUUGAACUGGAUACGAUUACUCGAAUAGGAGAGACCAAAAAGGAGGUUAAUCGUACUAAGAACUGCAGAAACUGGCUGGAUAUGCGCGACGAGCUUCAACGGGAGUAUCCCACUACCGACUAUAAAGAUGCCUUUUGGAGGACCCUCCUCAUCGAUACAGAUCCGUCUAGAACGGUACCGAUAAAGCAACCAUGGGAAAAUGCCUUCGAUAUCUGGAUGAAGCUCUCCGAUUACGAGCCAUCCGAGACUGGCAAGCAAAGAGCUGCCCAGUACGAGGCCUCUUUCACCCAUUCCUUGAAUCUACGCCUGUUUAGGACGGCUCGUGGAAGCUUAGGUUGCGGAACUUCGUCUUGCAAAAUAGGGGACCUGGUGUGGAUAGUUCAGGGCUCGAGGGUACCCCUGAUCCUUCGACAAGUGCCGCAGGCGGCAACCUACGAGCUUGUUGGCGGGACGUAUCUCCAUGGGUUUAUGCAAGGGGAGGCGUUGGGAGGACGGGAAUUUCAGGAAAUUACUUUGGUUUAAAUGUUUGCAUUUCAUAAUGGAUAUUACGAUAGGACGAAUUAUAGAUGGAUGUAAAAGUAUUGGCGUAACAUAAGAUAUGGCAGAGGAUUGGAUACCUAGG